AAAGCCCAACUCCCUAAAGACCAUCUCGCGCUCCAAGAACUAUGAAAAAGAAGGAUGUGAAGAACGUACUCUGGAAGUCAAAAUGUUCAACGACGGAGGACGGGACCUUCAAUUAAAGUGCGAAUAUAAAGAAAACGGCGCAUGACCAUUUGGAAACAUUGUCUCAAUAUUAGACGUCUUCGCCGGUUUGUAUUCAAUCGCUUCCGUUCACCAUGGAUCAUUUUGACAAAGGAGCGUAAAGAAAUAAGGACAGACCACAGCAGGUUUCCUUUUUAGUCCGUAGGGGUUUUAAAUGCGUUAAUGUGGAGGUUUUUAGUCAUGUCAUGACGCACGGGGCUUAUGCGCAUUCGCGGCGGUAAAUGUGGACACAUCAGAGGGUCCUCCGCUUACUUUCUUAAUAUUUUGUUUUUAUAAAUCAACUUUGUGACAUUUGGAUGAUAUAACGGGAAGCUCUUACUGCGAUAUCGCCCACAUUUGUACCGAGCGCACCACGGAGUGACCAAAGACACGGUUCAACUCAGAAACCUUUCCGAGCCAUUUCAAGGAUUUAUUGCUUUUGAUUUGAGUUUAAUUCGUAAUAUACGGACCAAACCUAACGCUUUAUGAGUGGAUGUUACAGCUUGACCAUUUUUAACUCUUUCAUUCACUUUUGAUCGGAAAGCGGAUACGGACUUCGUCGCUUCCACCCCACACACGCGUACUAAGUCACUUUGCUUCGGGAAAUUGCGUUAAAAAUGAAAAGGUUGCCGUUUCAAGUGCUUUAUUUCGUGUGCCUCAUCCUCGCGAUCCGCUGCACACCGGCACCGGACACCGAAACCCCGAGCAUCACCACGACCUGCGCGUCCUGCGGGCUCAGCCAGACGGACGGAACCCCACGGGUGGAUGUGGGCUUCUUGGAGGCGGUGAAAAGACACAUUCUGAGUCGGUUACAGAUGAGGAACAGACCCAACAUCACGCACCCCAUCCCGAAGGCGGCCAUGGUGACUGCGCUCAAGAAGCUCCACGCCGGGAAAGUGCGCGCGGACGGGAGAGUGGAGAUUCCGAACGUGGACGGGCACGGCGCGUCCUCGAACGAAGUGGAGGAAGAAACUUCAGAAAUCAUCAGUUUCGCCGAGACAGAUGAGUUACUGACCUCCAAAACCAGCUUGUUUUUCGUCAUCUCCAAUGAGGGAAACCAGAACCUGUAUGUGACGCAGGCCAACCUGUGGCUGUACUUCAAAGUGAUGCCUAAUGUUCUAGAGAAGGGCUCUCGGCGGAAGGUGACGGUGAAGGUGUAUUCUCAGGAGCCGGGUUUUGGGAGCAAAUGGAACCUGGUGGAGAAACGGGUGGAGCUGAAACGCAGCGGCUGGCACACCUUCCCUCUGACGGACACCGUGCAGCUGGUCUUCUCCAAGGGCGAUCGACGGCAGAACCUGGACGUGAGGUGCGAGGGCUGCGAUAGCGUUGGGGUCCAGCCCGUGCUGGUGAACGCGGCCGACGAGUCCCAUCGUCCCUUCCUGGUGGUUCAGGCGAGAGCGGCGGACAACAAACAUCGCAUCCGUAAGCGAGGCCUGGAAUGUGACGGCAGCAACAGUCUUUGUUGCCGCCAGCAGUUCUACAUCGACUUCCGGCUCAUCGGGUGGAACGACUGGAUCAUCGCCCCGUCGGGAUACUUUGGGAAUUUUUGCGAGGGGAACUGUCCCGCGUACAUGGCCGGGGUGCCGGGCUCGGCUUCGUCGUUCCACACCGCCGUGGUGAAUCAGUACCGCAUGCGGGGCAUGAGCCCGGGUUCCAUGAACUCUUGUUGUAUCCCGACCAAACUCAGCACCAUGUCCAUGCUGUACUUCGACGACGAAUACAACAUCGUGAAGCGUGACGUGCCCAAUAUGAUCGUAGAGGAGUGCGGAUGUGCUUGAGUACUCGCUAAAGAGAACACUAAAAUAUUCUAGUCCAAGUCAUAUUUAUAAACGUCAUCUGCGCUCACACACCGAGCUCCACCACGCGUGCACAAAUCUUUGUACAUAUAUUUAUGUUCUUUAAUGUCGCCCGAGAGACGCAUUCGUCUUGAUUUGUAUGACACUUUGGGCAGAAUGCGUUUUUGUCUUCUACUUCUCUGCUUUUCAAUUGUUCAAAGUGAAUGCGAAAAAGCGCAGGCAUUAAAACACAAGAACGCAUUCUAUGUGAACAGCCCGUAAGCUCCGUAUCAAAGGGACUUUAUCAUGUUUUAGCUGUUUGCUUCUGAAAAGGAGACCAACCGGCAGACGGAUGAGAGCUGAAGUGUAAGAACUGUUUGGGAUUCUUUUUAUACGUAUAACACCAGCUCAGAACUGAAUCGCAAAGCACUGACCAUCUCAUCAAAACAACACCAGCACUUCCAACAUCAACACCGGAUCAAUGUCUCACGCUCUUCACGAUGGGAUCUAAACAGGUUGAAAAUAAACUCUACUAAAACAAGCGAGUUUGCCGUACAGCGUUCAGUCGUUGUGCAUUACAGCACUAGUAAACGCACAAUUAAUAGCACUUGCAGACGAAAAGGCCUCAAUGAAGGUUCUGGUACAGGUUCCCGCUCUCAGUUCUUCUUAAAUAAGUGCCACACAAGCUAUGCAAUGUACAGUAGCGACACACUUUCACCGCUCCAACUCUUCUCAAUACUUGAAACUUUGGCUUUCUUCUCUGAGCGGAUUGUUCUAACCAUGUUUGCACUGACGUUGCAUUAUUCACAAGGAAGAAAAGCUGCCAUUGGACAAAAUUUAAAAAACAAAGUUAUUUUUAUAAAAAAGCAAUUGAAGUGUAUUAUGACCGAAUCAUGGAACCAAAGAGGCCAAGAUUUUAGCUGUUGUGAGACGGAUUCUUUCGUCAAAUGCUUUUUAUAAAUGCGCGAGAGGCCUAAACUACGUAUCAGGGUACAGUAGAAUGGAUUCCAUUUACCGUUGUUGUCACAAGUAGAUUUCAUAUUUUUCCAUCGACAUCAUAUUUUCUAUUUAAUAUUUCUAGCGUCUAUCCCGGGAUCAUUUUGAAUCAAAAACAUGCCAUCUCUGUACAGCUUAUGUAAGAUAAAGAAUGCUGAAAUAUUUUGUUCUUUGUAACUGUUAUUAAAUAAAUUUCUUAUUCUGCA